GUUACGUAGAUGCAUCGGGACCUCUAUAGUUCAGUAGUGCCCGAACAUUUUCCGUAACGUAAAGCAAUUUAUACGAAAUUAGUAAUUUUUUCAUAGCAUUAGUUUCGCAUAAAGCCAAUAUUAUUGUUUACGUUCUUUGCCAUGUCCCGCGGUAAUCGCCCAAUUCGGAAAGUGAUUUGCACCGACAUCGUCGAUGACGAAAACAUUAGGCAAGAGUCUUGGACAUUUUCUGAUCUCUUUCAACAAACUUCCACAAAAGAUGUAGCAGUUACAUGGUUAGCAAGAUAUAAACUCAUAAGCAAUUCUUUUAGGUGUCUCGUUUGUGACAAACAAUGUACAUUUAUAAACCAGAAAGAUAUUAUCGAUGGAAAACGGUGGAGAUGUCGGAAGCAUAACUUCGUCCGAUCGAUCCGGAAGGGGUCCUUUUUCGAGAAUAGUCACCUCUCGCUGACAACAUUCAUAUGGCUUAUGUAUAUGUGGUCAAGAGAUUAUCUACAUAAUGAAAUCACUCAUGAGACAAAUGUUUGUGCAAAGUCAACUAUUGACCUGUUCAGGCUCAUCCGAGAACUACUAGAACGGUUUCUGGAAGACCAUCCCACUGAAAUAGAUGACGCACCUGAGAUAGGCGGCUUCGAUUUACAGACAGGUGAACCAAAAGUCGUCGAAAUAGAUAUAACUACAUUUUCCAGAUCUAAAUCCAAUAAAAGGCAUUUGAAAGGAUUUCGUGUUUUUGGUGGGAUCGAACGUGGCACUGACAAAUGUUUCCUUGUACCUAUUGAACAUGAAAAUAAAGACGCGUUCGAAGCUGCAAUUAUCCGAUGGAUUUUACCAGGCACUCAUAUUAUAUCAGAUAUAUGGGCUGAAUAUCUUCAAAUUGACCAGAUUGAACAAGGCAUAUACACUCAUGAAUAUAUAGACUAUGAAAAUCCAAAUGAUCCGGAGAUCCACACCCAAAAUAUUGAUGGGAUGUGGCUGAGAGUUAAACAAAAAUUGCAACGUAAACAUUCAAUAAAUAAUAAAGCCUUAUUUCACUCUUAUUUAACCGAAUUUAUGUGGAGAUCUCAUUUUAGGAAUAAUGAUAAAUUUGCUGCUCUCAUUUAUUGUAUCAAACAUUUGUAUAAAGUCUAAUAAAUUUGAUUUUAUAUUUUU